CAGAGAGACGCAGAGCAUUCUCGGUUUCGUCGUCGAAGUGAUAACACACAAUUUAUUUUUUCAACUAAAUUUGCGCAGAAGUAACUUAUUUUUGUGCAUUUUCUCGUAUUUUUGUUGAUUUUCCAUUCGAAGCAAACAAACAAGCAACAAAUAUGUCUGAACCAAUUAAAGUCGUUGUCACGGGUGCAGCCGGUCAAAUUGCGUACUCCUUGCUCUACAUGAUCGCCAAGGGAGACGUUUUCGGGCCCACACAAAAGUUGGUGUUGCACCUUUUGGAUAUCCCACCGAUGAUGGAAGUCUUGAAUGGCGUCGUUAUGGAGCUCGCUGACUGCGCUUUGCCUCUUUUAGCUGGUGUCGUGCCCACAACUGAUCCCGCUGUCGCGUUCAAAGACGUUUCCGCGGCUUUCUUGGUCGGAGCUAUGCCACGCAAACAAGGCAUGGAACGCAAAGAUCUCCUCUCGGCCAACGUGAAAAUCUUCAAAGUGCAGGGCGAGGCGAUGAAUCAACAUGCCAAAAAAGACGUCAAGGUCCUCGUUGUCGGCAAUCCCGCCAAUACCAAUGCUCUCGUUUGCUCCCAUUAUGCCCCAUCGAUCCCCAAGGAGAAUUUCUCGGCCAUGACGCGUUUGGAUCAGAACCGGGCAACGGCUCAAAUUGCCGCCAAAGUCGGUGUUCCAAUUGAAAACGUGAAAAAUUGCAUCAUUUGGGGCAAUCACUCGUCGACGCAGUUCCCCGAUGUGCGAAGUGCUAAAGUGAUGGUAAAUGGCGCCGAAAAAUCCGUUUAUGAAGCUGUCAAUGACGAUGCCUACCUGAAAGGAGCGUUCGUUGAGACGGUCCAAAAACGCGGGGCAGCUGUCAUUGCUGCACGUAAAAUGAGCAGCGCCAUGUCGGCAGCGAAGGCAGCGGCGGACCACAUGAAAGAUUGGUUCCUCGGCACGACAGGCGAUAAAUUUGUCUCGAUGGGCGUGAUUUCGGAUGGAAGUUAUGGCGCCCCGAAAGACAUUGUUUUCUCAUUUCCCGUGCAAAUCAAGGAUAAACAGUGGAAAAUUGUGCAAGGAUUGCCCGUGGAUGACUUUGCCAAGGCCAAGCUGGAGGUUACGGGCAAGGAAUUGUUGGAGGAAAAGGAGGAAGCCAUGGCGGUAUGUGCCCAGGAUUGACUACCCAAUAACGGAGCCAAGUUGUAAAUUAAAGUAAAAUGAAUGGAUGCCUUCGAAAAUAUUUUUUUUUAUUGUUAAAAGAUUAGACAUCGUCACUUCUAUCAUCGCAUCAAAGACAAAGAGCGAUAAUUUUUUUUAUUUUUACUUGAAAGUGAACAAAGUUCACAUCUUAUCUAGUGCUAGUAUCAGUUAUCAGUGCAUUAACUUCCCUCUUAUGAUCACUCUCGUUAAUUAGUAGUAGAAAAAAGUUCCUUAGCACUCACAAACUCACACAAAAAAACCCGUAGAGCGGAAAAUUAGCACUUUACAUUCUUUUUUGUAUCGAAAAAAAGAAGGCAUUUACUAAAAUUAAUAAAAAAAAAUAAUUAAACUCGAUUUUGAUUAUUCUUAGUCUUUAUUCGAGCAAUAUUUUUAUAAUUUGCAUUUUAUUUUAAUAAUAAAACAGUUCCGUUGAGUUUUUUUUCACAAAUUUUUAA